CAGACUUCCUGCCAGGUGGCCAGUAUCUUUCUUGAGGAUUCUGUCCCAAAUGGCACUUCUCACUACUUGAUCUCUUUUCUCUCUCUGACCUUGCUAUCCUUACAUUGCCGCACUUUUUACAACUUUACAGUGCUAUUCUCCGAUUUACAGCUAAUCUAUUGGUCGACUUGAGCACUGACUACUACAACUCUCUCACAAGAGUCGGCUGUCCAUUUCGCUCAUUGCUUGCGUCUUGUCGGUUUUUCAUUUUUUUCCCCGACUGCUCCAAAGCAGCGGAACUAAAGGACAAUGGCUCCCGGUGGCCGACGAAGAACGAAUAACCUGCUACCACUUUUUUCCUCGUCUCCUCUUCUCUCCCUCGCACUUCUCCCGUUUAUUCUAUUCUUCCUAAGCUUCCCCGCUCCCGCAUCCGCCGUGGGUUCAGCGGUCCUCGGAAUCGACGUCGGCACGGAAUACUUGAAGGCGGCGCUUGUCAAGCCAGGGAUUCCGCUGGAAAUUGUGCUCACUAAGGACUCAAAGCGCAAAGAAUCAGCUGCUGUUGCAUUCAAGCCUACCAGGCAAAGUGAUGCGUCGUUUCCGGAACGGUUCUAUGGAGGUGAUGCUCUUGCAUUAUCUGCGCGGUACCCAGACGAUGUCUACGUGAACCUUAAGAUACUGCUCGGAGUCCCCUUCAACGAUGGAAAGAACGAGCUCAUAGAGACAUACCGGGCACGCUUCCCUGCUUUGAGAUUGGAGGAUGCUCCUUUUGAGAGGGGCACCAUUGGCCUCCGAAGCAACAGACUGGGCGAGGCGGAACGGAAAGAUGCUUUCUUGGUCGAAGAGCUUUUGGCAAUGCAACUCAAGCAGAUUAAGGCUAAUGCUGACAAUUUGGCUGGCAAGGGAUCGGAUGUUAGAGAUGCCGUUAUCACAUAUCCGGCGUUCUAUACUGCGGAUGAAAAAAGAAGUCUGCAAUUAGCCGCUGAACUGGCCGGAUUGAAAGUCGACGCGCUUAUCAGCGAUGGCCUUGCUGUUGGACUCAACUAUGCGAUGAGCCGAACCUUUCCCAGCGUUUCUGAUGGGGAGAAACCUGAGUACCACGUUGUAUUUGAUAUGGGCGCUGGCUCCACUACUGCCACUGUCCUCCGCUUCCAAAGCCGCAAAGUCAAGGACAUUGGAAAGUUCAACAAAACCAUCCAGGAGGUCCAGGUCCUGGGAGCAGGGUCGGACAGGACUCUUGGCGGCGACUCUCUGAACGACCUAAUCGUUGGUGAUAUGCUUUCUCAACUCCUUGAUGACAAAAAACUCAAGGGCCGUGUUAGUCUCGCAGAUUUGCGCUCUCACGGGAAGACUAUGGCAAGAUUGUGGAAAGAUGCGGAAAAAGUCCGCCAGGUCCUCAGCGCCAACACCGAAACUGGCGCUUCUUUUGAAGGUCUCUUCGACGAAGAUGUUAAUUUCAAGUACCGCGUGACCCGUUCUAAGUUCGAGUCACUGGCAGAGCAGCAUAUCGCUCGUGUUGGGAAGCCACUUGAGGAGGCCUUGGCAGCUGCUGGGUUACAAUUGAACGACAUUGAUUCAGUCAUUCUACAUGGUGGUUCAAUUCGUACCCCAUUUGUUCAGAAGGAACUAGAAAGAUUUUGCGGAGGGUCGGAGAAAAUACGAACAAACGUCAACGCCGAUGAGGCUGCCGUUUUUGGCGCUACUUUCAAAGGAGCUGGUCUCAGCCCAAGCUUCCGUGUUAAAGAAAUUCGCGCUAUCGAAUCGUCCGGCUACCCUGUCGUCCUCAAAUGGUCCUCCGAAUCCAGGGAAAGGCAGCAAAAGCUGUUUACUCCCUCUUCCCAAGUUGGGUCAGAGAAGCAGCUCACAAUGAAGAACCUGGAAGAUUUCGAGUUCAGCUUCUACCAACAGGUUCCGACCGGCGAAGACGUAGUUGAUGUACCUGUUCUCGGAGUGAAGACGGAAAAUCUCACCGCAUCUGUCGACAAACUGAAGGAAAGUUUUGGUUGCGCAGCUGCCAACAUUACUACGAAACUUCAGAUCAGGCUUAGCCCUCUCGACGGACUUCCUGAAGUUUCGAGCGGGGUUGUGAGCUGUGAAGUGGAGUAUUCUAAAUUGGGAAGUGUUGUCGAGGAUGUCAAAGGGUUCUUUGGACUAGGUUCGAAGAAGGAUGAACAGGAGCCUCUCAGAGAAGAUGGAGAGCCAAAUGAGUCUGUCACCUUGGAGGCCGAUGAGCCCAAGGCCUCCACAUCGUCAGCCGAUGAUGCUAAAACCACGGACCCUGCAAAAGACUCCAAGAAAGCCGCGUCUCAACCCCGGCAGGAAACAAUCCCCAUCAGUUUCACAACGUUCCCGCUCGGCGUUCCUGCUCCAUCUCCAGCCGAACUUGAGCGCAUCCAAAGCCGUCUCGCUGCGUUUGACGCCUCCGACCGUGACCGCAUUCUUCGCGAAGAAGCCCUGAAUGAGUUGGAGUCAUAUAUCUAUAGGAGUCGGGAUCUCGCAGAGGAGGAAGAGUUUGUAAAAGUGCUCAAAGCGGAUGACUUAACCGCCCUCACUGAAAGAGUGGCCGCUGCCAGUGAUUGGAUUUACGACAGUGAAGACGCCAAGACACCAGAGUUCAAGGAGAAAUUGAAGUCAUUGAAGGAGAUCGUCGAACCAGCAUUGAAGAGAAAACAGGAGAACGCUGUUCGUCCUGCGCGUGUGCAACUCCUACAGGAGUCACUUAAGAAUGCCCAAAUGGUGAUAAGUGUUAUGGAAAAGCAAAUCCAGCAAGACGAAGAUAUUUAUUCUUCCAGCCUCGCAGCAGCUAGCACAUCGACCACCAGUGAAUCGGAAACAUCCUCAUCGACACCUUCAGUAUCGGCCGAUGCUGGUGAUCUGGAAAAUGACGCCUACAGCACUUCAACUUCGGAAACAUCAUCGGCCAAAAGUGCUACGACGCCUGCGCCCUUGAAAUACUCUGUCUUUCAACCGUCUGACUUGGCAAGUCUUUCAGAGACGUAUGAAACCGCUAGUUCAUGGCUGGAAACCCGACUUGCCAACCAAGAAAAGCUGAAUGAGACGGACGAUCCCGCUUUAACUGUGGCAGAAAUUGAUGCCCACCUCAAGCGCCUCGAGAGAAUCUCAAAUCGCAUUUAUGAAAAGAUGGGCGCAGCAGCAGCCAGGAAGUCAUCUGGCGACAAAUCCACGAAGAAGAAUGGCAAGAAAGACAAGGCCGAAAAACCGGUACAGGAGAAGGAAGCUAAGGAUACUGAAGAGAAUAAACAAGACGAAAAGCCAAACUACAACAAGAAAGAUGAGUUGUAA